AUGACACUCAUCCAGCCAAUCGUUUUAUUCUUCAGCGUCCUCAUUGUUGACAAAAAGAGUCGUCCUCCUCCUCCUCCUGUGUCCACCCUGGCGUUUCCCUGUUACGAUGGCAUUUACCUCCCAAGGCAAGAAAAUGAAUUCGUGCACCUUGUUCUGGAAGAGCUGGAAAUAUAUCAACAGAAGAAGAGCCACCGCAAGAGUGUGCUCCUGUUCCCGCCUCUACCGAGCAGACUGCGAUACCUGAUUCACAAGACCAUAGAAGACCUGCCAGAGCUCACCACCUUCUCCGUGGGGGAGAGCUGGUGCCGUAGAGUGGUGGUCUGCCAUUCGGAGCUCAGGGGUGAGGUAGAGGAAGACAGCGACCUGGAAGGCAACAACAGCGUGUGUGAAGAGCCUUCGAGUACUAAGGUGGAGGUAGAAAGCAACGCCAAGUCUAAACCUUCAGUCCCACCGCGGAGCCGCACACCUAAGAGGCCGGACAAGCCCCUCUACAUGCCCCGAGCUGCUCGGCAGAGGCUGUCUUUACAGGCAGACCAAGAGCCACCAAGUUCAGUCUGCUGUAGCGGCAGCUCCGUGAACAGCUCCUGUCCUGAAACUACAGAAGACGCAUCCAGACGGGGAUCGGAGGGCAAUGUUCUCGACCCCUCCUCAGACAGUUCAACGCUGUGUCCUCUGGAAGAGAAACAGAACUUGGAGCUGAGGCUGCAGGAAGAUGAGGCUCUUGUCUUGGAGCAGACUCAGUGCAGCUUCGCUAACAUGACCGUGGAGGAGGACGAGAAAGAACGAGAAGACGCUGGUGACGUGCCGCUAAGCCCGCAGACAGAAGACGCAGACACGGAGGAUGAAACUGAAGAGAUCAAGGCACAUCUAAAAGAGGCAGUAACUUUUUCCAUCGAGCACGUCCACAAUGACUUCUCCAUCUACGAGAACCUGUCUGUGAACUCGGACGACUUCGGCCACGUGAUCGAAAUCUAUGACUUCCCAGCGUUGUUUAAGACCGACGACCUCCUCGACGCGUUCGCGGAGUACAGUGAUGGUGGAAUGAAGAUCAAGUGGGUGGACAACACACACGCAUUAGGAGUUUUCUCCAGCGAGGCUGCAGCCCUCCAGGCUCUCUCCAUCUGCCACCCACUGCUGAAGGUGCGGGCUCUGGCUGAAGGCAGCAAAAAAGCCAGAGGCAAAGCCAUGAGAAGAGCAGAGUUUAUCCAGCCAGUGAAGGAACGUCCCAGGACAGACAGCGCUGUCGCCAGGAGGAUGGUGACCAGAGCCUUGGGCAUACCGGGCCGAGGCCGAGGGCAGCGAUAUUAAAGGGAAUUGCUAACUGGCAUAAAGCACAGGUUAAUUCUCAGGAUAUGGGACAAGACGUCGUACAGUGUGUUGCAUGUAGAUAAUAUAAUGAACUUUGUUGAAGUUGGACACUAAAUAUCGUUUUCAAAAGCCAGUGUUUAAAGUGAGUGACACUGUUAGAAAGAGACCAUAUAAAAUGAAUGUUAUACUAGACUCAGAUGUUUUGUUUUUUUUUUUUUUUACUGCUUUGUUCAUUUUAAAACUGUUUCCUGAAACAAAUUUAUUUACAGUGGUUAUAGAAAGUGUAUAACUCCUGUUAAAACAGCAUUUUUGUUGUGCAGUGUCACUGAAUCUUCAACCUACUCAAAGCCAAUGAGAAUCAAAGUGACAUUUGAACCAAACUUAAUGAACAUUAUUCGAAUUAUCCUGAGAUUCAACAGUGACUCACUCUUUUUGGGUACGAGUUUAUCGGUUUGAGACAUCUUGAUGUGGGAUUAUUUCCCCUAAUCUUCUUUGCAAAAUGCUCCAGACUGGUCAGAUUGUGAUUUCCCCCCGGCACGGAUACCUUUAAGCUACUGUGCUGUUUUUAGCUCGAAACGUACUUUUACAAUUAUGGGCAAAACGUUGAGCGUUGGUCUCAUCAGAUCAGAAGUUAGAUUUGGACGGACAGACUUUUUGGGAGACUGGAUAUGUUUUUAGUUAAUUUUAGCCUUUUUCUGUUGUGUGUCAGAGAAGGUUUGCUUUUUACCACAGACGGAUAAAGAACAGAGAAGACAGUUGUUGGGAACAACCAGUUCUUGGCAGAAAGAGAUGCAGCAUCCUUUCAUGUGAAGGAAUGUCCCCUUUGUCUUUGUUGUGCCAUAUUUACUCCACUUGUUAAAGUCUGUCUUCACUUGGUCCCAUGCUAAUGCCUCGGACAUCUAUGGUUUCCCUCUGAGGGGUGUGUGGCCCUUUGCUUUUGUAUUCGUCAUAUCUUUUAUCACGAGACAUAUCAGGUGUGUCAUUUACCCAGAUAUAACAGGGUGUCCUCGUAUAAACAGUUAGUCUUUUAUUUUUAUAUAUGUUGUAUUUUUUUCCAAUUAAAUGCGCCAGAGUUCACAGAUCGUUAGUCAAUUACGCUGUUUAACAGGAGUGUGUCGGCUUUUCAUACCCACUCUGUUUAACAUAUGUAAAUAUCAUUCUGUUUAUAUUAUAGACUAAUUAAAACAUAACUGUCCAUCACUCCACUAGAUAGAAAUGUUUUUCUGGAAGUCUUUGCAAACUUGUAAUGUGAGAGCAUUUCUACCCGUUACUGUUCAGUUAUUUUAAUGCCGUUUUUUUUUUUUUUUUAAUGUGUAUAAUAACGUUCUAAAUUGUAAAAGAUUGUUGUUUUGUAUUAAAAAAAAAAAAAAAUUUUUGAUGUGCUGAGUUUUUAAGUUCCUGAUGAGAGAGAUGUAUGUUUCUCUGUAACUCAUUAGAUAGACUUUGUUAAUUUGCAGAUUCUCAUAAUUUAUAUUACACUAGUUUCAGAGUUGCGUCAUUUUAGGUGAACGUAUUGAGCUUUGAAAUCAAAUCUUAUUGCAAAAACCAGACAUCUGCAUCACAUCGUAAAGAAAGUGUAAAGAAAUAUACCCAAUUUUAGAGCACAGGAACAUGAAACAAUAAGUUAUUAUUGAAUGUUUGGA